AUAUUUUGGGCGGUCUCUCGCUGUAGGCGGCGUGGCGACUUAUCUCACCGACAAGGGCUUCUAUGUAAACUGAGGCAAAACUAAAACAGAUGAAACUCACGAGCACAUUCACAAAAAAUUUUGCCAAUUUGGAUGGCUCCAGAAGACGCGGAAUCCACGGGAGAAACACGCGCCUGCACAUGCGGUCUAUUCUUUAUUUGUGUUAUUUAAAGUAAGCUUGUCGAUGCUUGUAAUCAGAGUGCUGCAUUGCAUAGUGAUUUGUCCGGCUAUAUUUUAUUGAUUAAGUUACAAUAUAAUAUUAUUAUACUUUUGCGCGAUAUUGUUUAAGGCAGUGCCGUCGGUUUUCAAUAGUGCCUUUUUUGUGUAGAAAUGAGGAAUCCACAUCUUCUCAGCGAUGGCUGGAAGACAAUCAAUGCAAAGGAUUCAACUGGGAAUAAAAAGUUUAAACGGAAAGGUCGGGACCCCAAACGUGUCACCACUGACGAAGUCAAACAUUUCCAAUAUGAUUCAAUAAUGGACGACGAUUCUAUGGGGGAACUGAUGGAAGAGACAUGUAGAAACAUUGUCCAAAAAAGACUACAGGACCCUGGUUCAGUUCUAUCUGUGGAGAAAUCCAAUAUUUCAUCUGGAAACCCGAAUACUGCUCUUGACAUGAGGAUAAAUGCUUUACCAUCAACAGUUACUGGGAAGCUCCCAUCACCACAGUCACGGCCUUUAUCCGAGUCAACACCGACAAGCAGAGACACUUUUCUCAGCACAUUCCCGCAUGUUACAAGUUAUGGCCAUCAACAGUCAUUUGGGACUGAUCACACAUUACAGUCCCGGAUCGUCCUAUGCCAGCGCUCCGAGAAGACCCUCUCCUCAGCCUCUCAGACAGCCUACAUCAAUAGCAGCGACCCGGUUGAAUCGCCAAAGAAACGGCUAGGAGAAACGUCUGGCGUCGUCACUGAGAUCAAAGCCGUUCAGCAGACACGGAGGCUACUGGCGAAUGCCAGAGAGAGGACCCGGGUGCAUACCAUCAGUGCAGCCUUUGAGGCGCUGAGAAAGCAGGUGCCCUGCUACUCCUAUGGACAGAAGUUGUCAAAGCUGGCUAUAUUAAGAAUCGCCUGUAACUACAUCCUGUCACUGGCUCAGCUGGCAGACCUGGACUACACCCCAGAUCGCGGCAACAUGAGCUUCAGAGAGUGCGUGGAGCAGUGCACCCGCACCCUGCAGGCCGAGGGACGCUCCAAGAAGAGAAAGGAGUAAAAUUCUCACAGCAUCGGUGGCGUGAGCCAGACUUUAUAACAAGGCCCUUGAACAAAAUAAACUCUUUACAGCUCUGUUAUUGAGGUUAUUCAAGGUCACUCCUGGAGGAGACUACAACCAGUCACUUGGACAUACAGUAUGAUGGACCUAAUUUCAUAGGCCUACUUGAAACCUGUUGAGUUAGCAGAAAUAUCAAGAAUCUCCAGUUAUGGAUAUGUUUCUGCCUGUCGUGAGUUGGAAUGAAUCUCAUUCGGUUGAUGUUUGAACAGUUAAAAGUGUGAGACAGCAUUGAUGUUCUUUAAACAAACACGCCUGGUGGAUGAAAUCAGAUUGUUCAAUCAUAUGACAAUUGGAUGCAGAGACAGCAGUGAUUAUAACCGUUCAUAACAGUGAUUAUAACAGUUUUAUUAAACUAUGAACCCGAUGCCUUUUCAAUGACAUACAAGUUGUUGUUUUUCUUUAUAGUAUGAUUGGUAAUUUCUGCUUAAUGGAAGCUAACUAGUGAAAGCGAUAGUAACAUAUAUUUGAUUACAAGAUAACUUGAAAUGACAUAGUAAUGGUAUUUUAUUCAGCAACUGUUUUUAUGUGUUGAAAUAUGAAUGAAGUUACAUGGGUUAUUGUCUGCUACCUGAGCUCAGUAUUUUAAAAUAUCCCAGAUUGACACAUUUAAAAGUGACUUCCCUUUUAGCUGGCCUUUUCUAAUGACAAGUCUCUGACUGUUGUGUGCUAAUCAAGCACUUUUUAACCAAAAAUAAAGGAAUUGUUGUUCAUUUA